AUGGCUGCUGCUGCAAAGAUAAACCCACUCAUUCUCUCAGCUCUCUUUUUGUUCUCAAUAAUUCUCAGCUUUCCUGCAACAACAAUAUCAGACAAUCCCUGCGCGUAUCCAUGUUAUCCUCCACCUACAGGCACCGGAGGCACUUUUACUCCAACAACUCCGACCACCACAACGCCAUCUCCUCCGUCGUCUCAAACCGUGUCAUACCCGCCUCCAGCCGUCGUCAACAACCCAACUGGAAAUUACCCGUACAACCGUCCUCCGUCUACUUAUAACGGUGGCUAUGGUUAUGGUGCUAAUCCUCCUCCGGACCCCAUCUUACCUUAUUUUCCGUUCUACUACAAAAAUGGUGCUCGUGGAAACCAAGACGCUUCGUCGGCAACCUCUGUAAGCAGAAGAUCGUCAACGCUCUUCAACACUAUUGCCACCACCAAUCUUUACGUUGUAUUUGUCUACUUCUUUUUUAACUUUCUGUAA